AUGGCUUUUCCUGAUAGAAUUUCAGAGGUGGUUGAUGAUAGCUUGAUGUUGUGCAAUGGAGGUGUUACAGAUUCUACAUGCAGUUGUCUUAUUCAACUGGUUCGAGUAGCUUUGUUGUGCUCAAAAGAUUCGCCUAAAGACCGACCAAGUAUGGCAGAAGUUGUAGAGAUGUUGCAAUGUAUUGAGGACAUGUUUGAAGGGAGUAGAAUAGAUUCUAAAUAUCAAUCUGAUCUGUACCAAGUAGUAAGCAGCGCAAGAUGGGCAAGAAAUCUUGUUAAGGUAGAAAACGAGUCUUCUUCUGACAAUUUAUUCAGUCACAUACCAAUUGCCAUGAAAAUUAUUCCGUUGGCUGUGCAUUUUCUUGUCUUUUAUUUACAACUUUGCUUGUCUGCACAUACCAGUAACAAUGGAUCCUUUAACGAUGAGCAUGAGGCUCUGCUUGCCUUCAAGAAUUCCAUCACUUCUGAUCCAAACAAAGUGUUAUCAUCUUGGGAUGCCAACACUAACGUCUGCAAUUGGACAGGCAUUUCAUGUAAUAAGUUGAUGAGAGUGACUGAAAUUGAUCUUGAGAGUAUGGGUUUAGUAGGUUAUAUUUCUCCCUUCUUGGGAAAUCUUUCCUUUCUAGACAACUUGCAAGAACUGCGUCUCCUGGGGAAUCAGCUUAUUGGGUCAAUACCGACAUCGCUAGGAAAUUGUUCCAAUCUGAAAGAAUUGCAUGUGUGGGGGAAUCAGCUUAGUGGGCCAAUACCAACAUCUCUAGCAAAUAGUUUCAAUCUGCAAGUACUGAAUCUGUCGGAGAAUCAGCUUAGUGGACCAAUACCAUCUCUAGCAAAUUGUUCCAAUCUACAAGUAUUGGAUCUAGCUGAGAAUCAGCUUAGUGGGACAAUACCAGCAUCUCUAGCAAAUUGUUCCAAUCUGCAAGUACUGAAUCUCUGGGGGAAUCAGUUUAGUGGACCAAUACCAUUUCUUCCAAAUUGUUUCAAUCUGGAAGUAUUGAAUCUAGCUGAGAAUCAGCUUAGUGGGCCAAUACCAUCUCUAGCAAAUUGGUCCAAUCUGCAAGUAUUGAAUCUAGCUGAGAAUCAGCUUAGUGGGCCAAUACCAGCAUCUCUAGGAAAUUGUUCCAGUUUAGAACAAUUGAUUCUGAAUGAGAAUCAGUUUAGAGGACCGAUACCAACAUCUCUCGGGAAUUGUUCUAAUCUGCUAAUACUGUUUCUGUGGGGGAAUCAGCUUAGUGGGCCGAUUCCGACAUCUCUAGGAAAUUGUUCCAAAUUGGAAUUUCUUUCCCUCGCUUUCAACAAUCUCACUGGCACUGUACCUCUCCAAUUGGGUAAGUUGAGCUCACUCCAUCGUCUUCGAUUAAAUUAUAACUUCCUUACCAGCUCUAGGAAUUUGCCGUUGCUUGCAGCUCUUAUUAAUUGCUCUUCCCUGCAAGCCUUAUACUUGGGUAAUAAUUAUCUCGCUGAAGAUUUGUCCCCUUCCAUUGGCAAGCUGUCUACCAAUCUCUCUGUAUUGUCCUUGGAACAAAAUCUUAUAGGAGGGAGCAUACCUCAAGAAAUUGGCAAUCUCACCAACUUGGCAAUGAUAAACUUUACCGGUAAUGCAUUCACUGGCUCCAUUCCAUCUACACUAGGAAGGCUUAAGAUGCUAGAGAGGUUGUAUCUGGACCAAAACAAUUUGCAGGGACCCAUUCCCAGCGAGAUUGGUGCCCUUAACCAUCUAGGGCUACUUUCUCUCUCUUUUAACCUUCUUACUGGACAAAUUCCUCAGAGUAUUGGCAAUCUUCCCCAGCUAAGGCGCCUUUUUCUUGAUAAUAACCAAUUUGUUGGAAAAAUACCUCACGCUCUUGGCACAUGUCUGACACUAGAACUAGUUGACCUAUCCCAUAAUAAUCUCACUGGAAACAUACCACCAGAAGUUGCAGGCCUACCAAAUUUACAAUUUUACUUCAACCUGUCAUGGAAUUCACUACAAGGAAGCCUGCCAGAUGAUAUUGGUAAAAUGGCAAUGGUUCAAGGAAUAGAUCUAUCCGGAAAUGAAUUAUCUGGAAAGAUUCCAAGUGGUAUAGAAAGUUGUAUGAAUCUACAAUAUCUCAACCUCUCUCAUAACAUUUUUGAAGGCCCAAUUACAGAUUCAGUUUCCAAGCUACGAAAUCUCGAAGCAUUGGAUCUUUCCAACAACAAAUUGUCUGGUAGAAUACCAGAUUCUCUUCAGAAUCUAACGGCACUGAGUUUUCUGAAUAUUUCAUUCAAUUUGUUGAAAGGAGAAAUUCCUAAAGGGAGACCAUUUACAGACCUCACGGCGUCAUCAUUCAGAGGAAACCCUGGACUUUGUGGGCAAUGGAUACCUUCACUACCAGCAUGUCCAAUUGCAUCUGCAGGGUCAACUGGAGGCCCCUGGAACUUCCAUAAAUUGUUUAAAUACAUAAGUUCUGUUAUCUCCUUUCUAGUCGUAUACUGCUUAUAUGUUUCACUUUUGUACAAAUAUUUCUUUGGGAAGGGCAAUGUGGAACAACCAUCAAUAGAGUUUCCACAUCCUAGAAUCUCAUAUAAGGAGCUCACUACUGCAACUAAUGGAUUUGGCAAGGGCAACUUGCUAGGAGUUGGUGGUGUUGGCUCUGUAUAUAAAGGAGUUUUGGAUAAUGGAACAUUGAUAGCAGUUAAGGCUCUCAAUAUGGAGGAUGAAGCAGCUCAUAAAAGUUUCAACAUUGAAUGCCAAGUGCUCGGUAAAACCAGACACCGAAAUAUAGUAAAAGUCAUAACUUCAUGCUCUAAUCUUGACUUCAAAAGUUUGGUUUUUGAGUUCAUGUCUAAUGGAAGCCUGGAGAGGCAUUUGCAUUGUGAUGCUGGCAAGUGUAAUAUUGGGGGUGUCUGUAAAAUGGAUUUACAGACAAGAGUACAGAUAGCCAUGGACAUUGCCCGUGGCUUGGCAUAUCUCCAUCAUGAUUGUUCAAUUCAAGUUGUUCACUGUGAUUUGAAGCCCAACAAUGUACUUCUGGACUUCUAUAUGACAGCACAUAUAGCUGAUUUUGGAAACGCCCAUAUACUAUCUGAAAAUUCAAUGCAUUCAUUUUCAUCAUCAACAACACUGAAAGGUGCUCUAGGCUACAUUGCCCCUGAGUAUGGAGUUGGUGCAAGGAUAUCAGCCAAGGGAGAUGUUUACAGCUAUGGAAUUCUGUUAUUGGAGAUGUUAACAAGAAAGAGGCCAACUCACCAGAUGUUUGUUGAUGGACUCAGCUUGCGAAUGUGGGUUAGUAUGGCUUUCCCUGAUAGAAUUUCAGAGGUGGUUGAUGAUAGCUUGCUGUUGUGCAAAGGACGUGCUACAGAUUCUACAUGCAGUUGUCUUAUUCAAUUGGUUCGAGUAGCUUUGUUGUGCUCAAAAGAUUCGCCGAAAGACAGACCAAGUAUGGCAGAAGUUGUGGAGAUGUUGGAAUGUAUUGAGGACAUGUUUGAAGGGAGCAGAAUAGAUUCUAAAUAUCAAUCUGAUUUGUACCAAAUGGUAAGCAGUGCAAGAUGGGCAGGAAAUCUUGUUAAGGUAGAAAACGGUCAGAGCACUUCCACGUUCCAGUCAAGUUCCUAAAUUAUGAUGUAAAUUGUUCACCACAGAA